AUGACGACCCCCCAUGUGCUGCUGUAUGUGGAUGUGAACAAGACGCUCAUCAUGCACGACCCGACGCAGGGCAAGACGCUGCAUCACGUGAUCAACGACCUGUUGACGGAACGCGCAUUGGGUCGAGUCGAAAAUGGGUCAAAAAGCUGGAUAUUCGACGGAAACCAGAUAGUUGCCGACGAACAGUUCCAACAAAUGGGCACAAACGGCGUGUCGUAUGGAACCUUUUUGAGAACCCGGUUUCCUGCAUCAGGUGACGCGAAGGUGAGCAACCACAACAAACAGACGCGGAAAAUGUUGCGCCAAACGUUCACAGCUCCAGGGAAUCCAGGUGAGCUAUUGGUGACGGAAUAUGAGACUUUGCUGGAGCAGUUGCUGCUGCCUCGCACUGCAGCAACUGAAGCCCAGCGAAAAGCGGUUGGCCUGCACGAGUCGCCGCACUAUUUCAUCGUACCAGCUUUUUUCAAAUUAAUGAUGUACCUGCAGGCACAAAAGGUGUCGUUCAACCUCAUUUUCCGGACAUUUGGCGACGAUUUGCGUCGAGUGGCACGCGAGUUCAACAGCUUUUGCGAAGGCAAACAUCCGUAUUUCUCGCUGACGAAGCCUAUGGAUGGAUCAGAUGGCGGUAUUGACCGUCGCAUGUAUGUGGAUCCAAUGGUCAACAAAGCAAUGCCACGUUUUGGCACAUUUUUACGAACAAAUGCUUCGACGAUGUUGGUUAUGGGUACGUUCGAGCAACCGGGCGUUGUGGAUGACUCGGAUCCAUUAGCGUUCUAUAAGUCGCAGAUGCACUCGCUGCACGUCGUACGAGGACUUCUGGACAUUCAUGACUUUCUCGCUCGCCAGUGGCGAACGUCGCAAGCAACGUUGGCGUUGCGGGACUUUUAUCCACAUUGGUCUGCUCAUCAGGAGAAAGCGGCGGCAGGCAAAUUGUUGACACUGCAUCCCAUGGACGUUGCUGACAAUGUGCACGCCAUGUUCUUGGAUGACAACAUUCUGCCGCAUGAUGCACGCAUUGUCGAUGCUCGGAUGGUUCACGAUGGAUCUGCUGUGGACUUUGAAGACUCGCGGGAGCUGCACCUGAUCCGCAUUGAUCCGCUUGAUGUUAUCCGAUGCGAUACAUACUUUGUCGAUCGCUUUGAAACCUCGUUGCAGCAAUGGAGACUGAAGCAGAAGUAG